GAAAAUUUGAGAAGAGGUGUGUGUGGCCAGGUGUCCUCCCUUUCAGGGGAUAGUCUUCUGUUUGAUGGACCAUUUUGAAGUCCAUUUUGAAGUCAACCAUAAGCAAAGCAAAAAUCCUGGAGCUGCUAGUCAACAAUUGCCCCUCUUCUUUUUUUUAGUGACAUGCUGGUUGACAUCUGGUGUCAACACACCCAGUCCUCGAGCUUAGCUCGUUGCUGACACAAGGUAUUCAAAGGAAGUUAAAUACAAGAAGAGAGAAUCGUAUUGGUAGCAAAGCUAACAACUUUACAUGAAUUGCAAGCUAGUCUCUAGUGGGACUCUGCGGGAGGAUGAAUGCGGAGGAGGUGGAGCUACUGGGUGACUCCAAGUACAGGAACUAUGUGGCAGCUGUAGACAAGGCUCUGAAGAGCUUUGAGUACUCUAGUGAGUGGGCUGACUUAAUUUCAUCGCUUGGAAAGCUAAACAAGGUUCUCCAGAACAAUGCGAAGUACCAAGUAGUACCAAAAAAGCUGACCAUAGGAAAGCGCCUUGCACAAUGCCUUCACCCUGCCUUGCCAGGUGGGGUUCACCGGAAGGCACUUGAGACAUAUGAGAUCAUCUUCAAACUCAUUGGGCCCAAGCGUCUGGCCAAAGAUCUCUUCUUAUACAGUUCCGGUCUGUUUCCUCUUCUCGCCAAUGCUGCUAUGUCUGUCAAACCAGCAUUACUCAGCUUGUAUGAAGUUUAUUACCUUCCUUUGGGCAAAACAUUGAAACCCGGCCUGCAGGGGUUAUUAACUGGGAUACUUCCUGGUUUGGAAGAGGGAUCUGAGUACUAUGAGAGAACAAACACUCUACUGGAGAAAGUAGCUGCUGCAGUGGACCAGUCAGCUUUCUACAGUGCUCUGUGGGGUAGCCUUCUCACUAGUCCUGCAGUUCGGCUGCCUGGAAUUACUUAUGUUCUCUCCCAUCUGAACAGAAAGCUCUCCAUGGAAGACCAGCUUUAUAUAAUAGGCAGUGACAUUGAACUGAUGGUUGAAGCAGUAAGCACUUCAGUGCAAGAUUCCAGUGUAUUAGUACAGAGGAGCACCCUGGACCUGAUACUUUUCUGUUUUCCAUUCCACAUGAGUCAGGCAACUCGACCAGACAUGAUCAGAAUUCUUUCCGCAUCUCUUCAUGUAGUUCUGCGCAGAGAUAUGUCACUCAAUAGAAGACUUUAUGCCUGGCUUCUAGGUUUUGAUAACAAUGGUGCCAUUAUAGGGCCUAGGAGCACAAGACAUAGCAAUCCUGAAGAGCAUGCUACAUACUAUUUCAAUACCUUCUCUAAGGAAAUGCUAGUUCAGGCAAUGGUGGGCAUUUUGCAAAUUAACAUGCACGAACAGGAGAGUACACUAAUGCAGGACCUAAAGCCUUUUCGGAUUCUUAUCAGUUUACUAGACAAGCCUGAGCUAGGACCUGUAAUAUUAGAGGAUGUACUGAUUGAAGUAUUUAGGACAUUAUACACACAGUGCAAAGCAGAGCUGGAUUUUCAGGUGGACUCUUCCUUCAGCAAGGACCAUGCACAGUUAAGCAGCAAGUUAAGGGAAAAUAAGAAAACAGCAGAGCUGAUUAAAACUGCAAAUCUUUUGUUUAACUCAUUUGAGCCUUACUAUAUGUGGGAUUACAUUGCCCGUUGGUUUGAAGAAUGUUGCAGGAGGACACUGCAUGCCCGUCUACAGACUCUGUCUGGAGGUGGUAAUGAGCCUGCUGAACUGCCACUUACCAAUUUCUGCCUGCUAGUUGAUUUUUUGUUGGAUAUAGUAUCCUUGGAGACCUACAUUGAGAUACAAACUGAACAUCUGCCUCAGCUUUUACUUAGGAUGAUAUCUGCAUUGACGAGCCAUCUCCAGACUUUGCACUUGUCUGAGCUAACAGAUUCCUUGAAACUCUGCUCAAAGAUCCUUAGCAAGGUUCAACCGCCACUGUUAUCUGCUGGCAUUGAUGGGGCCUUGCAGCUUCCAGCUAGGCACAGAGCUGUCCAGGAGUGGGAAGAUAAAAAGUUACCACUAGUUUCUGCAGAAAAUCCCAGUGAUGUCUUUGAAGAUGGUGAAAAUCCCCCCAGCAGCCGGUCAUCUGAAAGCGGCUUUACAGAGUUUGUGCAGUACCAGGCAGAUACAACCGAUGACAUUGAUAGGAUACUGAGUGGAGGUCCUGGAACACCUGGCACCCCCCUGCUUGGCAGUGUCUCCUCAGAGACAGAAACAGCUUCCACAGUGGGUUCAGAGGAAACCAUCGUGCAGCCUUCUUCCAAGAUGAUCCAGGUGACGGGAUCCCGUAGUGGGAAAACAAUGACAGUUCAGAAGACUGCAAUGCAGUGCUGUUUGGAGUAUGUCCAACAGUUUUUGACCAGAUUUAUCAACCUGUACAUCAUUCCAAGCAAUUCCUUGCCUCGGCCUUUGGCAACAGAACUUCAGGAGGAUCUUGCUAGAGGAAGAGGAGAGGGGGCACAGUGCACAAGAGAGUCACAAGGCGAUGCAGCUAAAGGGAAAAAAACAACCAGGAAGACAACGCCAGAAGAAUACCUCUCUGCCUUUAUUGCUGCAUGUCAGCUCUUCCUUGAAUGUUCAAGUUUUCCAGUUUACAUUGCAGAGGGAAACCAUACCUCCGAAAUACAUGCUGAGAACACAGACAUUGAUUGUGAACAAGAGCAGCCCCCUUUGUGGCUCCAGACUCUUAUGAGUGCUUGCAGGCAAGCAAAUGAUUUUAGCAUCCAAGGUGUUACAAUUUCUCUAAUAAUGGACUUAGUUGGCUUAGCUCAGUCAGUUGCUGUUGUCACUGGAGAAAGUCUGAAUAGUGUGGAAACAGCACAGCCUCUUAGUCCAAACCAGGGAAGAGUGGCUGUUGUCAUCAGACCUCCUCUUAAUCAAGGCAACCUCCGAUAUAUGGCUGAAAAGACAGAUUUUUUCAAGCAUGUUGCAUUAACCCUGUGGGACCAGUUGGGUGAUGGAACUCCUCAACAUCACCAGAAGAGUGUGGAGCUUUUUUUCCAAUUGCACAAUCUCGUUCCAUCAUCUAGCAUUUGUGAAGAUGUUAUCAGUCAGCAAUUAACCCACAGAGACAAGAAAAUUAGGAUGGAAGCUCAUGCAAAGUUUGCAGUGCUCUGGCACCUUACCAGAGAUCUCCAUAUUAACAAGUCAUCAUCAUAUGGUCGUUCAUUUGACAGGUCCUUGUUUAUCAUGCUAGAUAGCCUUAACAGUUUAGAUGGCUCUACCUGGUCAGUUGGCCAAGCCUGGCUAAAUCAAGUACUCCAACGUCAUGAUAUUGCAAGAGUUCUCGAACCUUUGCUUCUGCUGCUUCUCCACCCAAAAACCCAACGCAUUUCUGUCCAGAGGGUACAAGCUGAAUGCUACUGGAACAAAUCUCCCUGUUACCCUGAAGAGGAAAAUGACAAGCAUUUUUUGCAGAAAUUUAACUGCAGUAGUUCAUUUGUCCAUAUGCCAGAAAGUCAAGAACAAGACAUUUCAGCUAAAGAAAACAAUGAAAAACAGCUUGCUGUGGAUGAAAUGGAGAACUUCAGUCUUACAGUCAAUCCAUUAAGUGACAGGAUCUCCCUACUGAGUACCAGCAGUGAAACUCUUCCUCUGGCUGCAUCUGAUUUCGACCUUCCUGACCAUCAGAUAGAAAUAAUGCAGAGCUCUGACUCUGGCUGCUCCCAGUCAUCUGCUGGUGAUAAUCUAAGCUAUGAGGUGGAAGCUGAAAGCCUGACUGCACCAGAUAGUUCUCAGCCUUUGGGGGGAGAUUCACCAGAUGAAAUAGUCCAGCAGGUUGUCACUGACUUAAUAUGCAAGGUGGUCAGUGGGCUUGAUGAAGAUACUGAAUCAGUCAAACAUUACCUGUAUCCAAAAGACACCUCAGCUAAAUCAAACCCACUGGAUUCUUCAGAAGAGGGGACUAAAACUGAAGAUCCGAGUAUUCAAGACAGCCAGAGCAGUUUGCUUAGCAAUGACAGUUCUCCAUUGUUAUCUGUCUCAACUGAGAUGGGACUUGAAAGCAAUUCCAAUGAGAUUUCCCGAAACAACUCCUCACCUUGCAUUUCUGUAAGCCAGCGGACUCUCGAUGACCAGACAUUCGCAUCAACAGAAACGAAGUCUAGACAGAGAAGUCACAGUAGCAUCCAGUUCAGCUUCAAAGGAAAAGUGCCUGAAAAAAUGCCAGAAAAAGAAACGAUUGUAAAAGAGUCUGGUAAGCAGCCUGGAGCAAAGCCUAAAGUCAAAAUUGCCAAAAGGAAAGAUGAUGAGAAGAAGAAAGCCCAGGCCGAGAAGCUUAAACAAACCAGUGUUUUCUUCAGUGAUGGCCUUGACUUGGAAAACUGGUACAGCUGUGGAGAAGGAGAAAUCUCAGAAAUUGAGAGUGAUGCAGGAUCCCCAGGGAUGCGGAAGUCGACCCAUUUUAACAUACAUCCUUUAUACCAGCAUGUGUUGUUGUAUCUUCAGGUGUACGACUCCUCAAGGACUCUGUAUGCCUUUUCUGCAAUUAAAGCCAUCCUUAAAACCAAUCCUUCUGCUUUUGUGAAUGCCAUUUCUACCACCAGUGUCAACAAUGCCUACACUCCCCAGCUGUCCUUACUUCAGAAUCUUUUGGCCAGGCAUCGCAUAUCUGUUAUGGGCAAAGACUUUUACAGCCAUAUCCCAGUGGACUCAAACCAUAAUUUUCGGAGUUCCAUGUACAUAGAGAUCCUUAUUUCUUUGUGUCUGUACUACAUGCGGAGCCACUAUCCCACCCAUGUGAAAGUCUCCUCACAAGACUUGAUUGGUAACCGCAAUAUGCAGAUGAUGAGCAUUGAAAUCUUGACUCUUCUCUUUGCUGAACUGGCGAAGGUGGUGGAGAGUUCCGCCAAGGGCUUUCCCAGCUUCAUCUCAGACAUGCUGUCCAAAUGCAAGGUGCAGAAGGUGGUCCUGCACUGUUUGCUAUCCUCAAUCUUUAGUGCCCAAAAGUGGCACAGUGAGAAGGUGGCUGGGAGGAAUAUCGUAGCCAUCGAGGAAGGCUUCUCUGAAGACAGCCUUAUCAACUUCUCUGAGGAUGAAUUCGACAAUGGGAGCACCCUCCAGUCACAGCUCUUAAAAGUUCUUCAGCGGCUCAUUGUCCUGGAGCACCGAGUCAUGACUGUGCCUGAGGAGAAUGAAACAGGCUUUGAGUUUGUCAUUACGGACUUGGAGCACAUCAACCCCCAGCAGCCCAUGACAUCCCUUCAGUAUCUACACUCCCAGCCAAUAACCUCCCAGGGCAUGUUUCUCUGUGCCGUGAUCCGAGCGUUACACCAGCACUGUGCCUGUAAAAUGCAUCCCCAGUGGAUCGGCCUAAUCACUGCAUCUCUGCCUUACAUGGGGAAAGUGCUCCAAAGGGUAGUGGUUUCUGUGACCCUCCAGCUUUGCAGGAACCUGGAUAACCUGAUUCAGCAGUACAGAUACGAAAUGGGGUUGUCUGACAGUAGGCCCCUUUGGAUGGCUUCAGUUACUCCACCAGAUAUGAUGCUUACUCUUUUGGAAGGCAUUACAACUGUCAUUCACUACUGUUUACUUGACCCAUCUGCACAGUAUCAUCAGCUCCUGGUCAAUGUAGAUCAGAAGCACAUGUUGGAAGCACGCAAUGGGAUCUUGUCCAUCCUUCACAUGAUUAUGUCAUCUGUGACUCUUCUGUGGAGCAUUCUGCACCAGGCAGACUCUUCAGAGAAAACAGCUGUUGCAGCUGCUGCAUCUGUUACCACUAUUAAUCUUGGAUCAACAAAGAAUCUGAGGCAGCAGAUUCUUGAAUUGCUAGGUCCAAUCUCAAUGAACCAUGGCGUUCAUUUUAUGGCAGCUAUUGCAUUUGUGUGGAAUGAGAGGCGACAACACAAAAAUACCUCAAGAACUAAGGUUAUUCCGAGUGCCAGUGAAGAACAGCUUCUGCUAGUGGAGUUGGUUCGUUCUAUUAGUGUGAUGAGAACGGAGACUGUGAUGCAGACGGUGAAAGAAGUGUUAAAGCAGCCCCCUGCAAUAGCCAAGGACAAGAAGCAUCUUUCUCUGGAAGUCUGCAUGUUGCAGUUUUUCUUCGCUUACAUUCAGAGAAUCCCCGUGUCCAACAUAGUAGACAGCUGGGCCUCCCUGUUGCUUCUUCUGAAGGAUUCCAUACAACUUGGCCUUCCAGCUCCAGGGCAAUUUCUAAUACUUGGUGUUUUAAAUGAGUUUAUUAUGAAAAACCCAAAUUUGGAUAAUAAGAAAGACCAGAGAGAUCUUCAGGAUGUAACUCAUAAAAUAGUGGAUGCCAUUGGGGCAAUUGCUGGCUCAUCCUUGGAACAGACCACAUGGCUAAGAAGAAAUUUAGAGGUUAAGCCUUCUCCCAAGAUAAUGGUUGAUGGAAACAACUUGGAGUCUGAUGUUGAAGAUAUGUUAUCUCCAGCUCUGGAAACCUCAAGCAUAACUCCAUCAGUGUAUAGUGUUCAUGCCUUAACACUGCUCUCAGAGGUUUUGGCUCAUCUUUUAGACAUGGUUUUCUACAGCGAUGAAAAAGAGAGAGUUAUUCCACUUCUUGUAAAUAUAAUGCACUAUGUUGUGCCUUACCUUCGCAAUCACAGUGCCCACAAUGCCCCCAGUUACCGAGCCUGUGUCCAGCUGUUGAGCAGUCUGAGCGGUUAUCAGUAUACAAGGAGAGCGUGGAAGAAGGAAGCUUUUGACCUCUUCAUGGAUCCCAGUUUCUUUCAAAUGGAUGCUUCUUGUGUUAAUCAUUGGAGAGCAAUUAUGGAUAAUUUGAUGACACACGACAAAACCACAUUUAGAGACUUGAUGACUCGCGUGGCUGUAGCUCAGAGCAGUUCACUCAAUCUGUUUGCUAACCGGGAUGUUGAGCUUGAACAGCGGGCUAUGCUCCUGAAGAGGCUGGCCUUUGCCAUUUUUAGCAGUGAAGUGGACCAAUACCAGAAAUACCUUCCGGAUAUUCAAGAACGGCUGGUGGAAAGCCUCCGUCUGCCCCAAGUGCCCACCCUUCACUCGCAAGUGUUCCUGUUUUUUCGAGUUUUGCUUCUGAGAAUGUCUCCACAGCACCUUACCUCACUUUGGCCCACCAUGAUCACAGAACUGGUCCAAGUAUUUUUACUUAUGGAACAAGAACUCACAGCGGAUGAAGAUAUCUCAAGGACUUCAGGCCCAUCAGUUGCCGGUCUAGAGACUACAUACACAGGAGGCAACGGCUUCUCCACCUCCUACAACAGCCAGAGGUGGCUCAACCUUUAUUUAUCAGCUUGCAAAUUUCUGGAUUUAGCCUUGGCUUUGCCCUCUGAGAAUCUUCCCCAGUUUCAAAUGUAUCGGUGGGCCUUUAUUCCUGAAGCUUCAGAUGAUUCAGGGUUGGAGGUGCGAAGACAAGGCACACACCAAAGGGAAUUCAAACCAUAUGUGGUACGACUAGCAAAAUUGCUUCGAAAAAGAGCAAAGAAAAACCCAGAGGAAGAUAGCUCAGGGAAGAUACUGAACUGGGAACCUGGUCACUUGCUCCUGACCAUCUGCGCCAUCCGCAGCAUGGAGCAGCUUCUGCCAUUCUUCAAUGUCCUGAGCCAAGUCUUUAACAGCAAAGUCACAAGCAGGAGCAUCGGCCAUUCAGGGAGCCCCAUGCUUUACCCGACUUCUUUCCCCAACAAGGACAUCAAAAUGGAAAACCAAAAGACAUUUGCCAGCAAAGCAAGGCAGAAGAUUGAGGAGAUGGUAGAGAAGGACUUUCUGGAAGGGGUCAUUAAGACAUGAGGUAUGAAUGGCAAAACGUUUAUGUAACUUUAACUUCUAAUGAAAUCACUCCAUCCUUCCAGAGUGUAUAGUUUCCUUUUUCAUACUUUGUAUGUAAUGUAUACUUCAGGAUGUAUUUAAUUUAAAUACCUGUAAAUAAGUUCUUGAUGUGGCCUGAAUCAAGUUGAAAUAUCACUGGCUCAUAUUGAUUAUGGUGCCUAAUAUUUAUGGUACUUUUUGUUUUUGUCAUCUUGAGAUCUGUCUGAGAAAAUCUACAAUACAAGUUGCACAUUUUUGCUA